AAGUUGCGUAAUAUUCUGCCAGCACAAAAUCCGCUAUCUACUGGUUUUGAUGACAAAUCCUAUCUACAAAUUCUAAUACAGGACUCUUAGGGACACUCAGGAUCACUAAUGGAGAUUCCAAUAUAUACUGUUGAUGCAUUUACUAAUUUACCAUUUAAAGGAAACCCUGCUGCAGUUUGUCUUUUAGAGAAUGAACUGAAAGUGGAGCUCUAUCAGAAAAUAGCAGCUGAAAUGAACUUGUCUGAGACGGCAUUCAUCACUAAACUGAAACCAACAGAGGAUUUUAGUUCAGGAGCAAGGUUUGGCUUACGCUGGUUCACCCCUACACAUGAGAUCAACCUUUGUGGCCAUGCGACACUAGCUUCAGCAGCAGUGCUCUUUUACAAGAAAGAAAACACCAACUCUGUGGUUACCUUUGAGACUCUGAGCGGAGAGCUGCUGGUGCAGCAGCGAGGUGAAUCAUUAGUGAUGGACUUCCCUCUCAAUAAACCAGAAGUCCAGGACAGAAAGAAAUUUAAUGACAUUCUUAAGGCUGCUGUGGGAGAAUUGCCUAUUCAAGAGGUGUGUUACUGUAAAACCACAAAGGAACUGCUAGUGCAUUUGCAUGAUACAUGUGACAGGUCCGUGCUUACUUCCCUGAAUCCGGUGAGUGAGUCUCUGCUGAAAAGUGAAGAUAGUGGAAGGAUUAUAAGUCUCAUCAUCACAGUGAAAGGAGCACCAACCUCACAGCCAGGAUAUGACUUUUACUCCCGUAACUUUGCACCAUGGGUCGGAGUCCCUGAAGAUCCAGUGACUGGCUCUUCACAUACCGUCCUCGCUGCUUACUGGUCUGAGAAACUGGGAAAGAAGAAAAUGUUAGCCUACCAGUGCUCCAGCCGUGGCGGCGAGCUCGAGUUGGAACUGAGAGGAGACAACAGAGUUGACAUCGCUGGCCGAGCCGUGGUCCUCCUUCAUGGAAUCCUCAAACUCUAGAGAGAUUGCUAUAGAGCUCACUAUGAAAACAUUUCGCCAUAUUAUAUGGUACACUACUAAUCAGUAGUAAUGUAUAACUAAUUUUGUACACUGCCAAUUUUACUGAUGGAUUUUAUUCCAGCAAGCUAAUCUGGUAAUUAAUCAUAGGAAAUGUUUGUGGUGCUGUAAGAACAGAGGUUUAACAGAGUGGUCUAAUUCUUUAGUCAUGACAAAGUUAGAAAAGAAGUACUUAAAUAACUUUAUUACAGGAAAAAACACAAAAAAAAUGCACAAGACUAUUUACAUACAAAAUACUUGGCUCAGAAUAUCUGUAAAAAAAAUACAAAUAAAAGAUUUUUCAUCUGAAUAAAAGCAUGUGAAAACACUAA